AUGCUGUAUGAACCUCGUGGCCUGAUGCGCUCUGCCAUCGAAGGGUUCUCUUGCGGAGAUCUUGUUUUCUUUACCGCACAUUUGUCAUAUAACAACAAGCCCCCCAACAUCAAUCUUUCGGCUAGCAAUGUCAAGUUUCGUCCCGAACUCCACACGAAGGUCUCAGAACUCCUCAAAAGCGGCAAAGGCCUCAUUCUCACGUUGUCUGAUUACCGUGAAGCAACAAUGCAGCCAUUCCCAUUGGACAACAAUGAUGAUGCGUUUGAUAGCGGGCGCUUCUUCUUCAAACCCCGUCAAUCCUUCGAGGUAAAAGUGUGGAUUGACCCCAAGGCGCCUAGUGCCAAUGGGCCCGGGCUUUUGGAUGAUUUGUCUGAGUUGGUUGGACAGGGCCAGAUGGAUCCCGGCGAAGAUGUGUAUUGGGAUGUGGGCGUGUUGAACAAAGACCCAUUUGCAGAUGAGACGAACGAGACUCCGUGGGAUGAAGAAUUGAAUGCGACCACGAGCGUGCUAAAUACUGCCACCGUGUAG